AAGAUCCUCAGUGUCUGGAUGAACCAGAUGAAAUAUAGGAUCGAAGCAGCGCAACGAGGAUGCCAACCCGCUCCAACGCUGCGGAGCAACAACCUACUGGGAACCUCACGCCUCACCGAAUCUAUUCGGGCGACAAGAGAAGAUCGCGGACCGCAAUAUGUCAUCUCAGCCAUGAACGAGUUGGGGGAUGAGUUGGGGAAAGAUGUCCAUACAAUGCGUGUUCCGAUCCUUGAUUACGAGCUCCUGGUGACUCGGGAUCCCGAGAAUGUAAAGGCAAUGCUGUCAACCCAGUCCCAGGAUUAUGAUAUCAGCUCCACGCGGUCGAACGCUUUCAUGCCGCUCCUAGGUGAGGGCGUGUUCACCAGCCGGGGAAAUCAGUGGAAACAUUCCAGGGCAUUGGUACGGCCACAGUUUCAGCGUGACGAAGUCACGAACCUCGAGUUUAUCGAGAGACACGUUCGGACCUUGCUCGCAGUGCUUGGUAACAAGAUUGGAGAGAAUAACUGGACGCAUAGGGUCGACCUCCAGCCGCUCUUCUUCUACUUCACACUGGACACGGCCACAGAAUUUCUCUACGGACAGUCUGUCGGCUCCCAGGCAUCAAUUGCAAAUGGGAGGAAGACAACUACAGGUAUUGAUGGUGCGGCCUUCUCGCGAAACCUAGACGCUGCAAAGCAUUUCGUGGACAAACGCGGAGCCUUGGGGAAAUUCUACUGGCUGUUUCCUCACAGGAGGCAAAUGAAUCAGCACUGCAAGGAAAUCCACGAAGUGGUUGACGGCAUGAUCCAGUACCAACUAAACUCCAAAAGAAACCCGCUAUCAUCAGAAGAGAAAGGCAAUCGGAAGUUCGUCCUCCUAGACGAGCUGGCCAAGGAGACGAAGGAUCUGAGCGAGUUGCGCAACGAGACCCUACACACCCUCGCCGCGGGCAGAGAUCCCACCGCGUCGCUGCUUGGCUGGACUUUCUACAUGCUCGCGCGGCACCCGCGGGUCUUCGACAAGCUCCGCAGCCUCGUCAUCGAAGAGUUCGGCGACAUCAAUAGCACGAGCCACACGCUGGAUUAUAACAGACUGGUGAAGUGCGACUACAUGUUCCACGUGCUGCACGAGGUGCUCCGCAUCGUGGCCGUCAUCCCGAUGAACGAGCGGGUCGCGCUCCGCAACACCACGCUCCCCCGCGGCGGCGGCAAGGACGGCUCGUACCCGAUAUACGUGCGCAAGGGCAUCCAGAUCCUGAUCCCGGCCUAUGCCAUCCAGCACCGUCCUGAUAUCUGGGGCGAGGAUGUCGAGGAGUUCCGCCCGGAGCGGUGGGAGACGCACAGGAUUGGCUGGGAAUGGAUCCCGUUCGGAGGCGGGCCAAGGAAAUGCUUGGGCCAGCGAUUCGCCUUCACAGAAUCCGCAUACGUAGUAGCGCGCCUCUUACAAAGGUUCGACAAAGUAGAAAACAUGGAUCCCGUGAAAGAGAUCAAACUGCACACGGCGAUCGAGAACCGCAGCGGUACCGGUGUCAAAGUCAGGCUUCACGCCGCAGAGAUGGAGGAGGAUUAG